AUGAGUCCGCAGUGAACAGUCCAGACCUGAACAUCCAGCUCAGCUACUCAGAUAAACCUCGCUCAGCCCGGGACGACCCCUCUGCAAAUGUUUACUUUCGGAUAAUACCGUUCUCUGCUAGACUGGUCUAGCAUUCCGGGGGGACUGGACCUUCAGUUUCCUUCAUAGCUGUUUCUGCGGUGGAAAAAAUAGCACAAAAAUGUCGUCCCCAAGUCCGGGUAAAAGGCGUAUGGAUACCGACGUGGUGAAGCUCAUCGAAAGCAAGCAUGAAGUCACCAUUCUUAGUGGACUCAACGAAUUUGUAGUGAAGUUUUAUGGACCACAAGGAACGCCGUACGAGGGAGGAGUGUGGAAAGUACGAGUAGAUCUUCCCGAUAAAUAUCCUUUCAAAUCACCGUCAAUAGGAUUCAUGAACAAGAUUUUUCAUCCCAACAUUGAUGAAGCGUCAGGGACGGUGUGUCUAGACGUCAUCAACCAGACAUGGACAGCCCUUUAUGGUGAGUUCAUGUUCAUAUUAGGUUCCCCCACGCAGGAGCUGUGUCAUCAC